AUGGUCCUUCAACGUCGAGAAUUAGCGAUAGCAGGCAUUGGCAGCUUUAUUGCCUGGGGUCUAGUUGUGCGCUGGUUGCCAAUCCUCCGAUAUCUCGGAUAUGCGCUGGUGUUGGGGGCCUUACUGGCGACAAGUGGAAUUCUUGGUCUGCUACUUUUGACGUCGCGAAGCAGAUAUCCAGCCCGCCAGAGCCCAGACAAGAUUCCUAUCGCCUUCCUCAAACCGACCGCCUGGCGAAAAGAGGGACUGAAUGCUCGGAAACUCGCCCGAUAUCGACCCAAGCCUCUAUACCCGCAGUCUUUUGUUGUAUCAGAAGCCAUUGACGAGCUUUUGGCGCUUGUGAACCGACAGUUUGUGACAUCAUGGUAUCACAACAUCACGCCAAAUCCUGCGUUUGCCAAUGACAUUGAUCGAGUCACGCGCGUGGCGCUGGGCAAUCUGAAGGACAGGAUGCAGGCAGAGGACUUUAUUUCGUUGAUAGUGUCGAGGAUCUUCCCGAUUUUGACUUCACACUUACGGGAGUUUGACAUUGCGGAGCGCUCGGUGCGUGGGAAGAAUCUGAAUCGCAAUGUCACUGAAUCAGAGGAGCUCGAUCUGGCAAUUGCGAAAAAGUUUCGCGAGGGCCGGGUGCACCCUGCAGUUGGUCUGUUGGCCUCAGAUCCCAAAGCUGUCCAGCAGGAAUAUCUGCGCAAGGUCGCCGUUGGACUGCUUCCGCAACUCUUUCCCAAAUCGGUUCUCAACAGCCGGAUCGUGACUGUCCUGAUCAGGGAAAUCAUCGCUUGCGCCAUUUUGUUGCCGAUCGUCAAUGCCAUUUCUGACCCGGACACGUGGAAUCAAUUGACAGAGGCCUUUGGACGGACAGCGUUACAAGACCGGAAGACUGUACGGAGACUGCGCGCUGCCUUGGAUGAACAUGCCUCUCCUGCGCCUCGAUCCAAACAUGCUCAAUCCUUUCCCAAACUCUCGCCCAACGACAGCGAGCGUGCCUUUGAACGAUUUGUGCGGGCGAUUCGACGCUGCAACAAUCUCUCUGAUGCACGCCGUUUCCGUGCCCUGGUCGCGAGUCAAUUGAAACGGGAGAGUAUGGUGGAAGGACAAGACCAGGUUUACCUUCGACGGCUAGAGACUGGGAAACGCGUUCUCGAUCAGAAGGUGGCCAAGUUGUCCACGCAUGGCGAGACAGCCUCGUUGCCUCCGGUCGCCGUUCAUACCCGCCGUAGUAGCGCUCCUGCGCCUUCGGAAACGUCCCUGGUGGAUGUCAUGCACAGCGCUUCGGGUCUCUCGUACUUUAUGGAGUUCAUGGAUCGUCAAGGUCUGAUGUCUCUUGUACAGUAUUGGAUCGUAGUGGACGGAUUCCGCAACCCUCUCGAAGAUGACUUUGGUGAUGACACCACUUCAGACUCCUCGACCUGGACGGCUGCCGACCGCAACGAUCUGGCGCUGCUAAGUGCAACCUAUCUCAACAAGACCGAGCUCAAAGUCUCCGAGGAAUCUCGGCGGACGGUCAAGAACUUCUUGAGUGCUGGAAAGCGAGCGACUCCAGAACAAUACCGCAAGGCGCGGAUGGUGGUAUUAACUACACAGUCUGCGGUAUUGGAGGAACUCGAGAGCAUUUACUACCCCAAAUUUAAAAAGUCGGAUCUGUACUGGAAGUAUCUGGCUUCGGACGAGAGCUCCAGUUCUCAGCCCCCAGCAGCUCCGCAGUCACCGUCUGCGGUGACAUUCGAAGCACCCGAAAGACGACCUCUCCCCCAGCUCCUUGUCCGGACGAGCUCGCAGCCAGGGAGCAAGCCGCCGAGGGACCUUCGACGAGCUGCGGUCUCCUCGAGCGACGUGCGUGGUAUGGGCAAAUUGUUUGACGAUGAUGACAUACCCAGACGGUCCAUCGAUUCUGAAAGAUCUGCGCCGUUGUUUGAUGACGAUUACGACACCGACCAGCUUGCCAUGUCGACCGCCAGUCUGGGCGCACAAUCUCAGAAUGGUAAUGAUAAUGAAGCUACCCAGAAGAAGGUCCUGGAGACCAUGGGGGCAGCCUUGAAUGACAUUAUUACGAAUGAGCCAAAGAAUGGCAAAAUUGAUGACUUACGAAAUAGCGAGAUGAGAAGUAGCGACGGUUGCUCAGGCUCAUCUCUCUUCAGCUCCGAGCGUCUUGAGAUGGAUGGGCAGCCUUUAUCCGAGGGCCUACGUGGAGAUAAGGGUAGCGCUGCGGAUAAGGCCAGAAAAAGUCUGGCCUCACUCGGGCUGGUGGAUCAUCGAUCCCGUCUUGGAGUCUUUGAAGAUGACCUCUUCCCGGACCAAGAAAAAUUCAUCGAGGAUGAAUAUGAGGAGCCUCCGGACGACGAUGAGAAGGACCCGGCGGACGAGAUUCACAAAGCCGCGCCUGGCGAUCUCGGUCUCACCGAGGCCAUUGAAGUUCUGACCGCCGAUAUUGACAAGCUCACUGCACAAGACUCGGUUGUUGAAGCGCUGACCCGCAAAGCCGAAUUGACCAACAACACGGCGGAGUUGCGUAUUCUGCGCAAGUCCAAGGCGAGCAUUCAACGCGAGAUUCAUCGAAAGGAGAUGCAACGCCAGCAGUACAUUGUUCAGGAAAGCGAUAACAGUCUGUAUGGUCGCUCGACAGUCAGUAUCAAAUCAAUAGUUGUUGGCAAGGACGAGGAUGACGGACGAGAAUUCGCCAUGUAUGUCAUAGAAGUGAAGCGAAAUGCGGGCGAACAGAUGCCCGCCGCUUCAUGGGCGGUUGCUCGUCGAUACAGCGAAUUCCACGAAUUGCAUCAAAAACUACGCAUGAGCUACCCGUCCGUGCGCCAUCUCGAGUUCCCUCGCCGCCGAGUAGUGAUGAAGCUCCAGAAAGAAUUUCUCCAGAAGCGACGCAUCGCUCUGGAAUCAUAUAUGCAGAAACUGCUCCUUCUACCCGAAGUGUGCCGCAGCCGCGAUCUACGAGCCUUUCUCUCCCAGCAGGCAAUUCUCCCGCGCGAACAAACCACUUCCCGCAGUGGCGAAGGCGAGACCAAGGACCUCGUCACUCGUAUCUACAAUUCCGUCGCCGACGGCAUGGAUGACUUUUUGGGCAACUUUGGAGUCCUGGAUCAAUUAUCCACCGCAGGCCAGAAUCUCAUCUCGGCCGCUACCGCCCAGGCCAGCGCGACCCACGCUCUUACAGGCACGAGCACGGGCACCACCACCAAUACCAGCACGACCCACGAUCCGGCCCUCGCCAGCGAAGACGCAGUAACCUCGGCCGAGGCCGAAGCCGAGCUCAACGCCUUUGAAGACCGCGAACUCGAACCCUUCAUCAAACCGAUCUGCGACCUCUUCCUCGAAGUCUUCGAACUCAACCGCGGCAAUAACUGGCUGCGCGGCCGAGCUGUCGUCGUUGUCCUCCACCAGCUCCUCGGCGGGACCAUCGAGCGCAAAGUCCGCGACAGCGCGCGCUCCUUAUUCCAAGAUGACUCUCUGCUGCGAUAUAUCAAUUCUGCACGGGACAAUCUCUUCCCGAACGGAGUCAUGCGGCAAUUCGUGACCCGAUCGCCGCAGGAGCGACUGAAGAGUCGCGCCGAGGCAACCAUUGUACUUGCUACGCUAAUCCCGGAUCUCGCGGGCAAUGUGGUGGGGAGGGCCAACGCACAGGCUGCCGCGAGACGGACGUUUGCCACGCUGAAUAACAAGCCAUUGAAUACGCAUUUGGCAUUCACGGUGUUGGAUGAGAUUGUGUUGGUUUUAUUUGGCGGGGGGAGAUCGUCGCGAUGA